AUGGAGGAGGCGGAGACCUGCUCCGAGUACGACAACGUGGGCUCGGACGUGGAGCAGGACUACGACGAGGUCCUGCACGAGGCGUGCCCCGACACCGAGCCGCCCCGCCCGUCCGACCCUCGCUUCUGUCGCCACCCGCCCCCAUCCCCUCCCCUCCCUGCCCCCCCUCCCAGAGGCGACCGCGACGGCCACGCCCACGCCCACGCCCACGGCGGCGGGGGCGAGGCGGACGCCAUCCGGAGGCUGGGCUACUUCAUCGAUGACUCGGACGAGAUAGAGGAGGUGCUGGACGGGGUGCGCUUCGUGGAGGACUUAGAGGAGGACUGUGACACGGGCCCCGAGGAGGCGGCCUCUGCGGUGUACCAGUGCAGCGACGCUCAGCGGGGCGGCAAGAGGGGCGAGGAGAGGUUCAGAGAGGACCGGGCGGCCGUCGCCAGGAGCCCCGAGCCGCCGCCAGUGGCCAGCAGGCGGCUGGUGUGUGAGGCCGCUGGCCGGGGGUCCAGGGAGAAGGGGCGACCGGGCAAUGGGAGAGGGAGGAGGGGCCCAGCCGGGGAGGCUGAGAACGGAGCCGCGGGCCCCAAAGGAGGACCUGACGUCAGCGGUGAACCCAAUCCAAAGAUGGCCCCAAAGGACGGCAGAAAGGCCGUCGCACGGACCAAAACCAGAUCCGACGGUGUGAAAAGCCGACCUCAGCCCCCGCCUCGGCAGCCCCCGCCCCCAAGGCACGUCCCCCCCAAGCAGGCCCCGGCUCCCAAAGAGACCCCCGUCCCGUCCCCGGCCCCCCUCGACAACGGGGCGGCACAACAACAAGAGAGUCACCCCAGGGCCCCCAAACAGAACCCGGAGCAGGUGGAGGCUCCAGCGCAGCACAGGGAUCCCCUCCCAGACAGACCCAGACAGCAAGAGAGAAACCCACAGGGCGAGAGGAGCCAGCCCACCUCGAUGGCCGAGGAGGCGCCCGAGCAGCCCAGCAGGCCCCCGUGCCCGCAGGACCCCCCCCCACCAGAGGAGAACAACAGCAGCCCCCAGAAAACGCAGGAAACGGCCGCCUUCCCCAGCUUUGUGGACGUCCCAGGCCCCUGUGAGCCAGAGGACCUCAUCGAUGGGAUCAUAUUCGCGGCUAACUACCUGGGUUGCACGCAGGUGCUGUCCGAUAAGAAUCCCUCCAAGUCCAUACGCAUGACCCAGGCCCAGGAGGCCGUCAGCCACAUCAAGAGUCAAGAUGAAGACUCUCAAAUGGUCACUGAGGUGGACCUCUUCAUCUCCACUAAAGCCGUCAAGGUGCUGAACGCUGAUACGCAGGAGACCAUGAUGGACAGUGCCUUGCGGACCAUCUCCUACAUCGCAGACAUCGGCAGCAUUGUGGUGCUGAUGGCCCGCCGACGUAUGUCCCAGGGCACCCUCCAGGACGACUCGGAGGCCUCCAUGUCCUCCGCCGACGGCAAGAACCAGUACCGGAUGAUCUGCUACGUGUUUGAGUCGGAGGACGCGCAGCUCAUCGCUCAGUCCAUUGGUCAGGCCUUCAGCGUGGCCUACAGGGAGUUCCUCCGAGCCAAUGGCAUCAACCCCAAGGACCUGAGUCAGAAACAAUACAGUGACAUCAUCAACUCCCAGGAGAUGUACAACGAUGACCUCAUUCAUUUCUCAAACUCUGACAACUGUAAAGAGCUGUACGUGGAGAAGCAGAAGGGGGAGAUGCUGGGCGUGGUGAUCGUGGAGUCGGGCUGGGGCUCCAUCCUGCCCACCGUCAUCCUGGCCAACAUGCUGAACAGCGGGCCGGCCGCACGCUCGGGGCGGCUCAGCGUGGGCGACCAGAUCAUGUCCAUCAACGACACCAGCCUGGUGGGGCUGCCGCUGGCCACCUGCCAGGGUAUCAUCAAGGGGUUAAAGAACCUGGUGAAGGUGAAGCUGAGCAUCGUCAGCUGCCCUCCUGUCACCACCGUGCUCAUCAAGAGACCCGACCUCAAGUUCCAGCUGGGCUUCAGUGUUCAGAACGGCAUUAUUUGCAGUCUAAUGCGUGGCGGAAUAGCGGAGCGCGGCGGGGUUCGGGUCGGCCACAGAAUCAUUGAGAUCAACGGGCAGAGUGUGGUAGCCAUGGCCCACGAGAAGAUCGUCCAAACGCUGUCCGUCUCCGUGGGCGAGAUCAAUAUGAAGACAAUGCCUGCAGUGAUGUUCAGACUGCUGACCGGACAAGAGACGCCCAUCUACAUAUAGAGGAGACCUUCACUACGAUCGCACAAGACCAGUGGGCGCAUGCAUAUAAUAACCACUCCUGGAAAAAUGCUCAAUUUGGUCGACUUGAUCACCAAGCUAUGAAAGAUCAACACCACUGAACAUUAAAAACAACACCAACAUCGACACCCAUGUUUAAGAUAAAGGCAACAAGGCCGAGCUGCUGUUUACCAAGAAAAAACAAACCGCCACGCUUAAAUCACGUCGCUAACUGUGUGUGCUGCCUUACGUGGUCCGCUAUGUUGAACCCACAGUGUACAUAACCCUGCUCCUUUUUGAUGUGUGCCGAGGCGGCGAGGAGCCCCGGGGCCAUUGCUUCAGGGCGUAGGGGACGCAGCGCGGUCGCCUGCGCGGACCGGGGAGGAGCAGAUCCGUUUACAGUAUUACCCCCAGCACUGGGGGGAGGGAGGGGGGAGUUGUGUCUGCAUGAAGUGCCCCACUUUAGUUCUGCAUGGCUAGCGAGUUGGAGGAGAUAGACAGGGAGUUAAAAAAAAUAGAGGAGAAAAAUCAUUUUAUUUGGAGCUGUCGCAAGCACUGGAAAGAACAUCCAGUUCUCACCUACAGAUUAGUUGUUUCUCUUUCUUGAAUUGCAUUGUCAUAAGGAGUAUAGUGUGAAUAAGCUGUCUAUAGUGGUGAGUGUGAGCAUUGGGUAUGGGAGAGAGGGAAAUAAUAGGGCCAUGAUUAUUUUCUUAUGAAGUGACGAAAUAGUACAUUUAUUUUUUAUUUCAUCGUUUUUUUUUAUAAUAUUACGAGGUGUAAAGUGUAAUACUACUGUACAUAGUUUGGUUUCCAAUCGGUACUGUGUGGAAAGGCUUUGUGUAUUCCUAGAUGCAUGUUACUUCCUCAACUUUAACUUUAAUCUACAAGAAGAAUCGGCACCGGUAUUCAUUUUUGAACUGUCUCAAUGUUUUCUGUAUCAUGUUUCAGAGGAACAUACUAUGUUGUAAAAACGCUCUUUAAGUAUUGAAACAAUGGUGAAAUGGUGUUCCUGAAGGCCAAAGAAACCAUUAUACUUGGAAAUUCAUAUUGUUCAGCAUAUUUACCAUAGCGUACCAGAAUGUAUCAAACUAUAUGUAACUAUAUGAAUGUAUUAGACAAUUAAAAAACUAAUGUC